AUGCCACUAACAAAAAAACAACAAAAACUUUAUGAAAAACAGCUUCAAUUAUCAAAUAGUAAAUUUGGAUCAAAAAAGCUAAAUGAUAAUCAGGAUAAUGAUGCUUCUGAGUUAGAAAUUUCUGCAAUCAAUACUUCGAAAAUUACAAGUUUUUUUUCUAUACAUGAAACAUCACCUUUUAAUAAUACUAGUAUUUUUGCAAAUUCAGAUGAUGAUACUGAUAUUGAACUACAUAGUGAGUUAGAAGAAAAUUGGUAUAAG